AUGAUUGUCAAAAUAAACUUGCAAAAUACAACUGCGGUUCCUACCACAGAAGGAAUAACUGGUAAGGUUAAAAAUAUAACAAUUUAUCAUAAACCAAGAAUAUCUAAACCAAAAUUUAGUUAUGAUGACGAUGGCGAUAGUAAAAUUACUUAUCUAAAAGAUUCAAGAAUAAUCACUUUUAGAGAUAACAAUAAAAAUAAUAUAGCACCUAAUAUAACAAAUGGCAAGAAACGGUCUCAAGUUAUUUUAAAUGACAUAUACAAUAAAAGUGAUCAAAAUCAAUUAAUUGAUAAUGCAACCGCUAUUUUAAAUGAUAAUACUUCGGCUACUAAUAAUUUACAUAAAGUUGUAAUUAACCACAGAGAUAUUAAUGAUACACAAGCAGCUAAAGAAUAUAAUUUAAAUAAUAAUUACAACGGGACCAACACUAUGAAAAAUCAAACAGGUGUCACAGGUGACAACUUAAUUCUUCAUGCAAUAGACGACAAAAAUGAAACAAAAAGCCCUGCUAUCAAAUAUUUACCAAUCAGUGAAUUCAAUUCAGUACAUAAUAAUGACUCAUCAAUAUCAAAGCUAUUUAAUGAACCACGUAGAGAAAAUCAAACCGAUAAUUUAAUAAGCAAUGUUGAAUUAGAAAAUAACCCUUUGAAUGAUUUUAAGAAAAUCUAUCCAAGAAGAAUAUCUACUGAAAUUCCUAAACAAGUGAAAAAGAAAGAAGAUGAAUUGCAUAGUAAAAUUAAUGUUACACAUUCAAAUGUUAAUGAUACUGAAACAAAUAAUGCUAUUAAUGAUCAGUACAGUAUCGCUGAAAUUAUUAAUGAACUUAAAGAUUCUAGUAAACCUGUCACUUUACAAAACGGGGAUAAAAAUAUGACUGCUAAACACGAUAGUACCAUUAAACGCAAUUCAACUAAUAAAGCUACAAAUACGACAAACAUUGCGGUAAAAUCACAAGAGACAACGGAAUCAAGUACCAACAUUAAUCCAAAUAUUUUACCAGAUAUUUGGGCUGAAGCAUUAUUAGGGGAUGAAACACUCGAUACUGUCCCAAAUGUUAAUAAUUAUGAAAAAGAGGAUGGAAAUUCUAAUUUAAUGCUUAAUAGAAACACAAAUGACGAAUUAAAAAUUGAAAAUUAUAUGAUACAAAACACUGAUAAAUAUUCUCAAAAAUAUCAAAAUACGAAAUCAAAUUUAGAAAAUUUUAGUAUCGAUUAUAAGGAUAAAGAAAUACCGUAUGAUCUUAUCUCAAAUAUAUGUACAACAAGUAAAGAUAACUUGUUAGAUUACUUGAGAAUAUUAAUGAAGCUAUUAAAGUUACAGACAAAUAAUACUAAAUCUGAUGAGGAGAAACUAUAUAUAACUUUUGGAAUAAUUACAAAAUUAGACGAAGCUAAGAGUUUAGGGCUACCCACUGAAUUCAUUGUAGACGAAAUAGCACAUAAAGUUCAAUCUUUUGGGAAAGUUACUGACUCUAAUUCUGCUAAUAAGCAGCCUCUUGAUUUACAUAUUUCAGAUGAAAAUUAUAAUGAAGGUUCUAUAAAAUCUGAACAUAUUAAAAAGCCUACUCAAGCACACAUCGGUGAUCCAAAGAAUUUAACUUCAAGUAAAUCUUUAAUGCAUGUAGGAUUUAUAACUACAGAAAGCAAUAUGUAUUCAACAUUCGCUGAUCUAGUCGAUAAUAUAGAGAAAACUUACAUAGAUAUCGAAGACUCAGAAAUUAAAUUAAAUCCAGAGUCUGAACGAAAAUCUAUGGUUCCAAAUAAUGAGUAUAUGUUAGUAUCUAAUGAUUUUACUACUUCAGGGUUACCCGUUACAGGAAAUAAUGAUGGAUAUGAUAUCAAAUCUGUAAUUAAACCCUCAACAAGUGCUGUAAAAAAACAAAAUCAGUAUAAUUUAAAUGAAGCAGAUGACCAAUAUUUAGAGCUCACUGAAAAACCUCUAAACUAUGUGUUAACAAACGACAAUCGAUCAUUAAAAAAUUUGGAUUUAGAUACCGAAAUAAGCGAUUAUUUAUCAUUUGAUGCCGAUAAAGAUAAAAAUAGUAAUAAUGAUUUACCCAAGAAUAUGAAAACGUAUACAAAUUUGCCUAGUGGACCAAAAAGGAAUCGAAUAAUCAACAACAAUGAGCAUUUUUCUGCAUUUGACAAGCAUAGAAAUCUUGAUACUGCUCAAAUGAAUGUAUACGACACAAAAUCCAGUGUCGAACCUCAAUCCAAUUCGGAUGAUAAGGUUCUGAUAACAGAUACAUAUAAUGUACCAUACCGUAAAUCUCUGCCACAUGAUAUAUUUCUUGAUGAACCUAGACUACUUAUCAACUCUAAUAAAUACAAUUUAAUUGAACCAACAGUGGAUUUAGAAAACCCUUCAUAUAGUUUAUAUAUGACACCAAGUCCUCAAUAUUAUAAAUAUGACAAUCAGAUGUAUUAUAAGUCGCCUAAUUUUGAUAAUAAAUAUUUGCUGAAAGAUAAUGUAGCUGAUAAUAAAAAUAAAAUAAGUUUGUUCUAUAAUCAACUACUAAAACCAGAAGUUAAAGACCUAAAAUAUACAGACACAUACGAGGCACAAGCCGGAUAUGAUCCUAAAUUAAAUAAAUAUUAUUUUAAUGCUGGCGAUCAAAACAAUUUUGAAAAGAUAGGGGAAAAUUAUCAAAAUCUGUCGUUUGAAGAAAAUCCAGGAAUUGCUCAAAAUACACUACCACAACCAGAACAGGAUAAACAUUUUACUGAACCUAUAGACAUGACUACUGACAAGUAUGACAAAUAUGUCACUGAUCAACAAUUUCCUAAUUACGCAGAUAUGAAAAUAGAUCAUCUUCCCUUAGAUGAAGCUAGUUCUAUGACUUCUACUAACAGUCCUGUUAUAAACCGUCCUAGUUUUUACAAACCAACCAUUUCAAAUUUUAAUCUAGAGGACAAUAUUAUUAAAGAUAUGGAUACCAUCCUUCGGAAUACCAUUAUCUAUUUUAGAGAAUUGGGAGUAUCUGAAGAGUUAAUAUAUAAAUUUUUUACCGUGUUGUAUAACUAUGUAUUGCCCGAAAUCAUUGAGAAGUCUUUACGUGAAUGCCAAGAAAAUACAUAUAUGAACAUAAAAUCAAGUCUCAAACCUAUUAUAGCUUCUCUAUUAAAUGGAUAUUAUCUGGAUAAAUACCAACGUUUUCAAGAACUAAGACCCAGUUAGAAUUUAGCACAUGUUUAGAAAAAAUAUUUAUUUAAAACUAAUUUUAAAGUAUUACAUAUUCUAGGAACGUCUAUUUACAAACUAACGAAUAACUGUUUGACAGACAUGUUGAUUAUUAAUUUAAUAUUUAUAUUUUGUGUCCUAAAUAGUAUUACAAGUUUCUUUUCCAAAUCGAUCUUAUCGCAACGAUUUCAUGGGAGUUAAUGUGACAUACCAUAAUUAAUAUUGAAACUCUCUUACUUUGAGUUGAUUUUGUGAACACUUUGUGACGAUGUUGGUGAAUAUAGUUUUAGGAUUAUUUCAUGUAUUUUCAUUAAUGUCUAGUAUUGCUGAAACUAUGGUAAGUACAGAAAUAGUCUUAUCGAAAUUCUGUAUGUUUAUAUUAAUAUCUAAACUGUAAUUCUAGUAACUAAACUCUUCCUGUUGACUAUAUUACCAACAUACUGUACAACAUUGCUUUAUAGCAAGA